CCCCAGUCACAGUGAAAGUUGUCUCCGCUCAGAAGAGCGGAGGUCCAGGGCUCGCCAGUUUCCCCACCGCCGCUGCUUCCACACGCCGCUGGUUCUUUCCCGGGGAGAGAUGAGGCGGAAAGAGAAGAGGCUGCUGCAGUUCGCCGGGCUGCUCAUAGCCGCUCUCCUUUUCCUCCCGAACGUCGGGCUGUGGUCUUUGUACAGGGACCGAGUGUUCGACAACUCGCCCGACACAGUGGACGGUCCGGGCGGCGGCGUCCCCCCGAUACAGGGGGUGAACCGGAUGGGGAAGGACGCUCAGGUGGGACGUGACGGCGUGCGGAGGAAAGACUGGCAUGACUAUGAGGCGAUCAAAAGAGACGCUUCUCGAUCCGGUAACGGUGAACAGGGGAAGCCGUUCCCCCUGACGGACGCCGACCGGGUGGACCAGGCCUACAGGGAGAACGGAUUCAACAUCUACGUCAGCGACCGGAUCUCCCUCAACCGCUCCGUCCCGGACAUCCGCCACCCGAACUGUAAACAGAAGCUGUAUUCAGAGAAGCUGCCCAACACCAGCAUCAUCAUCCCGUUCCAUAACGAGGGCUGGUCGUCGCUGCUGAGGACUGUUCACAGCAUCCUCAACCGCUCUCCUCCACAGCUCAUCGCAGAGGUCAUCCUGGUCGACGACUUCAGUGACAAAGAGCACCUAAAGGUGGCACUGGAGGAGUACAUGGUGCGCAUGCCGAAGGUUCGCAUCCUGAGGACCAAGAAGAGGGAGGGGCUGAUCAGGACCCGCCUGCUGGGAGCCGCCGCCGCUAAAGGAGAAGUCAUCACCUUCCUGGACUCCCACUGCGAGGCCAACGUCAACUGGCUGCCUCCGCUGCUGGACCGGAUCGCCCAGAACAGGAAGACCAUCGUGUGUCCCAUGAUCGACGUCAUCGACCACGACAACUUCGGCUACGAGACUCAGGCGGGAGACGCCAUGCGAGGGGCGUUCGACUGGGAAAUGUAUUACAAGCGGAUCCCCAUCCCCACCGAGCUGCAGAAGGACGACCCCAGUGAACCCUUCGAGUCACCUGUGAUGGCAGGCGGACUGUUCGCCGUGGACAGGAAGUGGUUCUGGGAGCUGGGAGGAUACGACACGGGGCUGGAGAUCUGGGGAGGAGAACAGUACGAGAUCUCCUUCAAGGUGUGGAUGUGCGGUGGUCGGAUGGAGGACAUCCCUUGCUCCAGGGUCGGACACAUCUACAGGAAGUACGUCCCCUACAAAGUUCCUGGUGGGGUCAGUCUGGCCAGGAACCUGAAACGCGUGGCGGAGGUGUGGAUGGACGAAUACGCCGAGUACAUCUACCAGCGCCGGCCCGAGUACCGCCACCUGUCGGCGGGAGACAUGACGGUGCAGAAGGAGCUGAGGAACCGGCUCAACUGCAAGAGCUUCAAGUGGUUCAUGAGCGAUGUGGCCUGGGAUCUGCCCAAACACUACCCGCCGGUGGAGCCCCCCGCCGCCGCGUGGGGAGAGAUCCGUAACGUGGGCAGCAGCGGCAUGUGUAUGGAGAGUAAACACUUUGUGUCGGGGAGCCCCAUCCGCCUGGAGAGCUGCGUGAAGGGGCGGGGCGAGGUGAGCUGGAGCCACGGACAGGUGUUCACGUUCGGCUGGAGGGAGGACGUCCGGGUGGGCGACCCCAUGCACACUAAAAAAGUCUGCUUCGACGCCAUCUCCCACAACAGCCCCGUCACCCUGUACGACUGCCAUGGCAUGAAGGGCAACCAGCUGUGGCGCUACAGGAAGGACAAGAGCCUGUAUCACCCCGUCAGUAACAGCUGCAUCGACUGCAGCGCCAGCGAGCGCCGGGUCUUCAUGAACACGUGCAACCCCUCCUCCCCGACCCAGCAGUGGCUGUUCGAGAGGACCAACGCCACCGUGCUGGAGCACUUCAACCAGGGCACCAACUGAGGCCCCGCCCCCUCGCCAUCUGAGAGAAAAGGGAGUCGUGACGCAGGCGGACGUGGAUCUGCUGCUCCUGCUGCUGUGAAUGGGGUUUUUUGUUUUGUUUUUUUUACAUGAACUCUGCCCCCCCCCCCACUCCGCCCCCCCGACUCCAUGUUUACCUGGCACUGAGGUGACACCUGUUUCUCUUUGGGGUGCUCAGAGUGAGGCAGGAUGGGAUACCGUUCAGCGGGGAGGGGGGAGGAGG